CCGCGGAUUUAGACACUAUUAAGGCUUACUUGAAUAUUGCUAGAGGCAAAUAAAAGUGUUAUUAAAUGACCUAAAUGGUGGUUAAAGAUCCAUAUUAAUAUGUAUAGGGGCUUAAAUCGAAAUCACUUUUUAUUUACCUUGUGAAUGCCAGACAAGCCAAAACUUUGUAUGUUUGCAAUUGCUAUUGUGUCUGGAUAGAAGCAUUCUAUUCAAAUUUGUUGUAAACUGAAAAUAAUAAACAAAAGAUGUCUACAAGGGAAAACCAAGCAAGCUAUCAAGCGGAAGAGCCUGCAGCUGCUGAAAAGGGUGUUUUAAAUGGUUCUGAUAAAAAUGAAGAACUAUUUGCUUCAAAUCCCAAUGUAUUAGAAGUUGAAAAAGCAGAUCCUGAAGAUUUGCAACGUAUACGAGGAGAUGCCAUUGGCGAUACAUUGUAUAGUGAACGAUUCGUAUUAAAUACAUUGUUAAAAUUAAGUAAAUUGGAGAAAAAUCUACAAGAGGAAGAGGAAAUGGAGAAGGAUUUAUGCACUCUCUGGGAUAUGACCUUAGAUGCAGACAUAAUCGAAUAUUUGCUAAAGCAAGAUGUGUUAACCUUAUUUGCCGAAGUUAUAAAGGCCACGAAUGAUAAGCGCUUAACUGAGAUUUUGGUUGGAAUAUUGGCCAAUAUGUGCGACGUCAAGAAAACAAGAGAUGAAUUAUGUUUGCAAGAAUCACAAUUGGUGGAAGUGUUAUUGGAUUUGUCGGGUUGUCUGGAUGCUUUAACAUUACAACAGCUUAUGAGAUUGUGGGCUGUAAUAUUUGUUAAAAGUCCCACAGAGCACAUUGAGAAGUGGUACGACUUGGUCUGCAAAGAUGGUCAAUUCAUAGAGAAUAUUUGUUUUAUACUGAACAACGCCAUUAAUCAUAAAGUAUUGUUACAAACAUUGGAGACUUUGAAUGCGGUGCUUGCAAAAUUCGCUUUGUUAGACAGUCCGGCCAAAAGUUUUACAGAACUUUUCAUAAAAUCUGAGGUUGUAAAUGCUACUAUGGAAGCAUUUAAUACAAUUUUGACUGACAAUGCCGGGCAGGAAAACGAUACUGACGAAUUGGAGAAAAAGGAAGUAAAAAUAAAGCAAACCUUCUGCAAUAUUCACAGUAUUUUAACACAAUACCAGCAAUACUCGGAAGAAGCUUAUGCGGCACAUUCUGAGGAUAUAUUGCAAUGUAUGAAGAAAAUUUUAAAACCUUUGGCCUUGAAGGUGGACAUAGAAACAUGGCAAACAUUUGAAUUGGAAGUUUUUGAAACAUUAAGUGAUCUGUUGGAGGUAAUUUUUCUUAUCUUAUCGAUUGGAAGAAAAUCAACAACUCAUUGGUCAUUGCUUAAUGUUUACUUACUCUUUGGUUUACAGAUUCUACCUCGUUGUUUUGAUCCGCAUUUAUCCUCGUACUUAAUAAAAAUUUGGCUUAAGUUUUUGCAAACACAACAAAGCUCCGCGUCAACCGAAUUUGAAGAAGAAUUAAAUCAUCAAGGUUUGUCCGAUAAAUGUUUGCAGCUUUUAUUACUUAUGUUAACUGAGGCUAGCAAUGCAGAAUUACAAGAAAAUCUUAAAACUGUCCAAUCGGAGCAUAAAGGCCGCUUUUUAAAAUCCGUAGAAAAACUGGAAAAAAAUGGUUGCUUAGUUAAAGCAUAUGAUAAAAUAAAGAAUGCUCUUGGAGAGUAAAAAGCA